AUGGCAUAUAUCGCUAUUAUCGAGACAGCGAUUUAUUUGCUGUUGAUCAUCUACGGCGCUAAAACCUCUGAAUAUAGCAACAACUACAACAGCUCAUACCUCACUGCGACCCUUACACAACUGCAAACAGUUAAACCCUGGCAUAUCAUCGCUACCAUCGGAGCUGUACUGGGCUAUGCAUUGAGGAAAUGGUCCUUUAUAACUCUAAACGAGUUCUUCACCUUUCAACUAACCAUUCGACCAGGACACAAGUUGAUCACCCAUGGGCCCUACAAGUAUCUUCGUCAUCCAUCAUAUACAGGCGGAAUCAUCAAUGGCAUUUGCUUUUGUUUGCUCAUCUUCCACAAGGGUCUUUGGAGUGUCAUGUUUGCUUUUAUCUUGGAUCAAAUCAAGUCUUCCUGGCUGAAUACCACCACAUUUGGAACCCGUAUUUUGUACUUGUCGUCAUCAUUGCUUAGAGGAGAAUGGCUUGUAACUUUAAUUACCAUUGUUAUGGUUAGGGCCAUAUUAGAACGCAUUGCCAAUGAGGAGAAAAUGAUGAAAAAUCAUUUUGGCAAAGAGUGGUACACAUAUGCUAACAAGCGUUGGAGCUUGGUUCCAUUCGUCUAUUGA